UUGAUUUUGACCAAUCGGGGCUUUGGUUUGUGUUCAAAAAAUCACUUAAUCACUUAGAGCGUUUAGUUUCAAUGGAAAGUAAUACAUACUUUUAUAGAGGGGAACGAUUUUUAUGUCUAUAGAUAGUUUGGUUAAUUUAUUUAGUGGUGAUAGCAUGUUUAUAUUGUGUCUAAUAGGAUUAUUUAUGGAAUUGUUGAAGAUUUAAACGACAUGUCGCUGAUACUUAUGCUGCGAUCACAAGGGAUAUCUUUAUUUUUAUCUACUUAAAUUGGUAUGGGGGCGCCAUGGGUACUACCCCAAGUGCGUUUCCUGCACUUGGCAUUCGCGUUCACCUUGCUCAUACUAGUUUUCUUUCUGUUCUCGCUGAACCCAGCCACACUGAAACCAACAAUACCGCCAACACGGUCGUUCCUUACCUCGUCAGAUGUCCGAAUGAUCCAAGGUAACAUUAGCUUUCCGGGGGCGGUGCACAACACUAGCACGUCGUCGGAGGCGCCCCCUCAACAACCAUCUGUAUCGAUAAUUGUUAAUAAUAAUUCUACUAGUAACCAUGUGACAAAUUCGAACAAUAAUAAUGUUCAUAUAGAUCUGACUCGAGGUGUUCCUGCUGAGUAUAUAUACGAGUCGGGACACGUAGAUGUAAGUAGCGAAGUUUGUGCAGACUUGGGCAAAAAUGUCAAAGUGCUGAUAGCCAUCACAUCAGCGCCAAGCCAUGAAAGUGCCAGAGAAGCGAUUAGGAAGACUUGGGGUUCUUUUGCUGGCCGAAGGGACGUCUCUAUAGCUUUUAUGUUAGGUUCGAUAGCUAAUGAAACAAUAAACAAAAAACUAGAUGAAGAACAAAUUUUAUUUGGUGAUAUUAUUAGAGGCAAAUUUAUCGACACUUAUGACAAUUUGACACUGAAAACUAUUUCGAUAUUAGAAUGGGUCGAUAAUUUUUGUCCGAAAGCAGCUUUUGUACUUAAAACUGACGACGAUAUGUUCAUAAACGUUUCAAGACUUUUAGCAUUCAUUGCUAAACAUAAACCCGAACAAAAAACAAUUUACGGACGUUUGGCCAAAAAGUGGAAACCUAUCCGAAAUAAAAAAUCAAAAUACUACAUUUCACCGCAACAAUACAAACCUCCAGUGUUUCCAGACUUCACCACGGGUCCGGCUUAUUUACUUCCAGCCAAUUUAGCUAAACCGCUAUAUUUGUCAGCGCUAAAUCACACCUAUUUAAAAUUGGAAGACGUAUUUCUAACAGGAAUUGUUGCAAAUGGACUUAAAAUCAAACGAGUGCACGCACCUGAAUUUUUGAAUAAAAGAGUCUCGUUUACGCCGUGCAAUGUGCAAAAAGAAAUUAGUAUUCACAUGGUGAAAAGUGCCGAACAAUACGAUUUGUGGAAAAAACUUCACGACGUAGCCAAGUGUAAAAAGUGAUAUUUUAUUGUUAGAACAAAUUCCCUAUUGUGAUUAGACUUUUUUUAUUUCCGUAAUAAUAGAGAGUUAUUGGGUAGUAUUACAAAUUUUGAGGGUGCUCCGUUAUAAAUAAUAAAUUUUAAUAAUUAUUUAAUAGGGAUUUUGGCAAUAGUCUUUUACAAAUUGUAACUAAUUUUACCAUAACGAAAGUAUAGUGCUAGUUCAAUUACUCUCUAUUAGGUGACAUUUUUAGCAUAAUAUUUACAUUAUUUACCAAAAUGUAAUUUUAGGGGCCCUUUUUAUAGUCGAGAAUUGAGGAUGUCUAAUAAUUUAAUUGGUUAAAAAAAUGCCCAAUUGAAAAAGAGAUUUGUAACUUUACUGCAAAAAUUCAUUGUUCAAAUUCAAAAAACAAUUAAUUAUCAAGGUCCUUGGUUGAUUAAAAAUGUAUAGAUACUUUUUCAUAUUUGGUACAGAAAUAAAAAUGCCAAAAGUCAAUUUUCUAGCCCAACAGAAAAAUCAAAAUAAUAUAUGUACCUACUUCUCAUUAAAUUAAGCAUAAAUAGUUACUUAUAUUUUGUUGAAAACAGUAUUUAUAUGACUUGUUAAAUUAUUAUUUUUUGCAUUUUUGUUUUUGAUUUCCUAGAAAAUGUUUCUUUCAAAUAAAACCGAAUGUAUAAAUAUUUCAUGACACUUGUCUUGGUACUAAAAUUACCUAUUAAAUUUUCCUUUGCUUGAAUGAUAUGAUAUGAUCUAAGACUUUUUAUUAAGUGACUAGGCAACCCUUGUAUUGUACUAAGUACUAAUAUAAUAAAGCUGUGAAUUUUUCUCUCUAGAGGUUUAUAGAAAAAACUCUUGUACUUAAAUGAAUGAAAAAAAAAAAAAAUACUGAAUCUGCAUUGGAAAUUAGUAUAAAUACUAGUCUUUAUUUUUAGUUGUAGAAAGAGGUGUUUUGGCAUAAACAAAGUUUAAUAUUAAUUUUUAUAACUACUUGGUAGAUUUGAAUUUAUUGUAGUCUUCCUACAUCAAUCAAUUAUUUUUUUAAUGGCUUAAAUGUAAAUAGUAUUUUUAAAUAAUAGCUGGUAUAAAAUUAUGUAUUUGUUUGUAUUUUAUGUUAUAGUUUCCGACAUAUGAUUACUAGGAUUUAAUUAUUUAUUCACUUGUGUAUAAAACUUCAUAGGUAUUUAUUAAGAUUGUUCAAAUGUUCACUAGAAUUUCAAAUCUCGUCUUAUAAUUUCUUUCCCGCAAAUUAGUUAGUAGGUCCUUGAAUAUACUCUAUAAAAAAAUUGUUUCUCGAAUAAUAAUUGAAAUCCAAUAGGUACUUUUGUAAAAAUACUAAUGUUAUAAUAGUAAUUGGAAUAUAGCUCUAUGGAAAUUUAAAUAGAGACAAUCCGUUUUGUCCCCAACUUCCUUUUAAAAUUCCUGUAGCAUUGAAAAAAAAAAGUUUCUAUUUUUGCUAAGAAAUAAAAAUACUGUUAAGCAAUAA